AUGGAGCAGUUUGCACCAAGGCAGCAAAACCACGAGAGGCAACAGAGCCCUGCCCCAAACACCUAUGAGUUACUUUCGGCCCAGCUACUCAUCACCACAUGUCACGCCGAAAGUGCCGAGUUCAAGGCCAUGACCAAGGAGACCUACUGGCCCGUUCUCAAGUCAUCACUAUUGAACGGUGGCAUCUCAUUCGAAGACCUGGAUCUUGACUGCCCUAUUUGCUAUGACAAUAUCGGCGUCCACCCGAAUAACUACGGCCCCAAAGACGAAUACGGUCAUAACCAUUGA